UCGGACGCGGGCUUUGUAGGUGUCCCCCAAUAAAGACGCGGCAAGAGGCGGGGCUAGGAGACCUGGCCCUCGGCGUUCCAGAGGGUGGGGAGGGGGGCAAGUGUUAGGACUGGAUCCCGGCGGGGUACAGCGGAGACUUCUGUGGCAGACAGGGGCCCCGGGCCGCUGUGUGUUGUCCACCGAAGAUGGAGUUCCUCCUGGGGAACCCGUUCAGCACCCCGGUGGGGCAGUGCCUCGAAAAGGCAACAGAUGGCUCCCUGCAAAGUGAGGAUUGGACAUUGAAUAUGGAGAUCUGUGACAUCAUCAAUGAGACAGAGGAAGGGCCAAAGGAUGCCAUUCGAGCCCUGAAGAAGCGGCUUAACGGGAACCGGAACUACAGAGAGGUGAUGCUGGCAUUAACCGUGCUGGAGACAUGUGUGAAGAACUGUGGCCACCGCUUCCACAUCCUUGUGGCCAACCGAGAUUUCAUCGACAGUGUUCUGGUCAAAAUUAUCUCUCCCAAGAACAACCCUCCCACCAUUGUACAGGACAAAGUGCUUACUCUGAUCCAGGCAUGGGCUGACGCCUUUCGAAGCAGUCCUGACCUCACUGGUGUUGUGCACAUAUACGAGGAGCUGAAGAGGAAAGGGGUUGAAUUUCCCAUGGCAGACUUGGAUGCUCUGUCUCCCAUACACACACCACAGCGGAGCGUCCCUGAAGUGGAUCCAGCCGCGACCAUGCCCAGGUCCCAGUCACAGCAGAGGACAAGUGCUGGUUCCUAUUCCUCGCCACCUCCUGCUCCCUACUCUGCACCGCAGGCCCCGGCUCUGAGUGUGACUGGCCCCAUCACAGCCAGUUCAGAACAGAUUGCCAGGCUGCGGAGUGAACUGGACGUCGUUCGUGGAAACACGAAAGUCAUGUCUGAGAUGUUAACAGAAAUGGUCCCCGGACAGGAGGAUUCAUCUGAUCUGGAGCUGCUGCAGGAGCUGAACAGGACCUGCCGGGCCAUGCAGCAGCGCAUCGUGGAGCUCAUCUCCCGCGUGUCCAACGAGGAGGUCACAGAGGAGCUGCUGCAUGUGAACGACGACCUCAACAACGUUUUCCUUCGAUAUGAGAGGUUCGAACGAUACAGGUCUGGCCGAUCGGUUCAAAAUGCCAGUAAUGGAGUACUGAAUGAAGUGACGGAAGACAACUUAAUAGACCUGGGACCAGGGUCUCCAGCCGUGGUGAGCCCGAUGGUGGGGAACACAGCACCCCCAUCUUCCCUCUCCUCCCAGCUUGCAGGCUUGGACUUGGGGACAGAGAGUGUCAGUGGCACCCUCAGUUCACUCCAGCAAUGUAACCCCCGUGACGGCUUUGACAUGUUUUCCCAGACGAGAGGAAACUCCUUGGCUGAGCAGCGUAAGACGGUAACCUAUGAGGAUCCACAGGCUGUCGGAGGGCUUGCUUCUGCACUAGACAGUCGAAAACAGAGCUCAGAAGGGACUUUUCUGUCCUCGGCCCAGAAGAGAGGUAGAGGUGGGGACUCUGACCUGGAACCCAUAGACAGCUGGCUCAUAACCCAAGGAAUGAUUCCCGUUGCGCAGCCCUCUGUCAUGGACGACAUUGAGGUGUGGCUCAGGACGGACCUGAAGGGCGAUGACCUGGAGGAGGGUGUCACAAGUGAAGAGUUUGAUAAAUUCCUUGAAGAAAGAGCCAAAGCUGCUGAAAUGGUUCCCGACCUUCCCUCACCCCCCAUGGAGGCUCCUGCCCCCGCCUCAAACCCCUCUGGACGGAAGAAGCCAGAGCGGUCGGAGGAUGCCCUCUUCGCCCUGUGAGCGGGGCUGUGGUUUGCCUCCCCAGAUGACGGGUCCCUGCUCACACCCUGUGGACACCAGGCACUGGCCACUCCUCCAUCCCCAGCUCCACAGGGCCCGCACACCCGUGUCUCCAUGGAAUAGCCACCGUGUCUGCUCCCAGGUCUCCCACCAGUCAGGACCACCUUUAGCCACCUUCUUUUCUCUGAGUGGUGGGACAGCUACAGCCAGAGACUCCCACCCCUCCCACCACAGGCCCCUCUGCCCAUGUUUCCUCCCAGGAAGGGCGGGCAGAGUGGCCCAGCCUCAAGCAGGUCAGCCCCUUGGCAGUGCUUCCCGAGCAGACCACCAUGACUGUCUUUCCUCCACCUGCCCACAGAGAAUGAGCAGGCCCGGCCCCGCCCUGCACUCACCUCUGCCUGGCUCAGUGACCUUCUCAGGCACCCUCGUUCCUGUGCCCCUCUCUCCCCAAAGGGGCUUGGUGGCACCUCUGGAAGAGCAGGAUGUGGCUGCACUCAUGGGCCUGGUCUCCCUUCUUGGACUUAUCACCUUGUGACGCUUGGCUUUUUGGCAUUUGAGAAGGUUCUGCUGGGUGUCCACAGGAGGUCAAGAAGGAGGUCACCUUCUUGACCCUCUCUCUAUCACUCUGCUGUUAGCCCAGGCCUCACACCUGAGCCGGCUCAGUAGCCAAGCCUGAUACCAAGGGGCCCUGCGGGCUCCCAGGGCAGGGAGUGGGCAAAGGGCGAUUGGGAGGGCAGCAGGCAGCCCACAGAUGGUGGCCAUGUGGCACGCUGCUGAGAUGACACUACCAAGAAACCAAACUGCCACGUGCACACCGCAGGUCCACACGCACACACCUGGCCCUGGCUUUGGAGGGGCUUGCCUGGGGAGGUGUCUUGGGUAUGCACAUGGGCCACACCCAAGGUUGUGGCCUGGCCCAUCACAGCCUCGCACCUCUGCCUCCAGAGCCAGCAGUAGACAGCUUUGCGGCAUGCUUGGAGGUUCCAAAUAACAGAGAGGCCCAAGCAGCACUGAGGCCCCUGCCCUGCUCCCUGGCAUAGUCCUGGGCCUGCUUGCACAGACUCCUGCAAGCCUGGCCACAGCUUACACUCUCCCCACAAACUGAUCCUGAAGGCAGACAGAGCCUAGGGCUGAGCAUCUAGGGGCUGGUAACACGUACUCCCACCCCGUGUCCUCACUGGUGUGUCUCCUGGUCAUGGGCAAGGGACUCAUGGGUCAUCCUAGGCCCUGGUCCAGCCAGACACCCCCACACCUCCCACCAAGCUGCUGUUGCCCAGAAGAAGGAGAAAUCUGCAGCUCUGUGCACCCCUGUGCGUCUCAGGCCCAGCUCACUGAGUCAGUGUGCUCCUGUCCCCUCCAGCAUGCACUGCCUAGGUCAGCACAGGUUCCCCACCCUUAUUGCAGUUAGCCCUACUCACCUGGCAGGACAGGCCAGACCACCAGCUGAGCAGGGAAAGGGGUCUGGGCUUCAGGGGAGAAGAGAUCAGUGACACGGUCUUCGGGGAGCAUUUAGGAUGGUGACUUCAGCUGGGGGCUAUGCUGAGCACAACAGGAACAUUCAAUGGAGAGCAGGCACUGCCCGACCCAGGACCCUGUGCCAGGCCAGUGGCCCUCCAGCUUCCUCCAGAGAGGAGACCUCGGUCUGGCUGAGGGCAGGACUAGCUGGAUGUCACACUGUAGUUCCUCAGGUUCAGCCAGGAACCUCCUCCGUGGAGCGUGGCCAGCCUGAUUCUAGCCCUGUCCUCUCUGGUAGCACAUGCCACACCUGGCCCCUUGGCUCCCGGCGCUUGGUCAGCCCCUGCCCCUCUCCUCAAUGUUUAUCAAAGGCAGAACUCCCUGAGGCCAGCUUGAAUGUGAAGACUUCUGAGGUCAGCUGCGGAGAAGGCGGCUGGCUGCCUUUGGGUUGUCUCUGAAGCCUUGCCAGAGCUGGGCCUGUGGGUGGCAGGUUGCUGGACCUUAGGCACUCAUUGUUCCACAGCCUCAGCACUCCAGCCCAGACCCAGUGUCCUUGGAGGGAAGAGCCAGCCUCCCUGCCUCAUGAAAUGGGAAGUCCCAGAAGGUCAGGAGUCUGGAGGGCUUCUGCAGUGUGUGAAGCUGAGAUAGGUACCCUCCUGGGGAGCCCCCAGUCACCCCAUGGGCACCUGUUCUUACCCAUGCCCAGAGCUGCCCCACCCCAGUGCCAUUGCCAGUGCCAGGGGCAGCAGGGAGUGGUGGAUCCCUAUGGGCUGGCAGGAGGCCAUUGGCCAUGCUGACAAGUGUCACCUGCCUUCCUGGCCUGGAGCCAACCCUUGGGUGGCUUUCAAGCACCUACUUGCACCUCCUGUCCAGAGGUAGCCUGCCCCACCUGUAGACAGAGGAGCCACAUGCUUGAGGCCCAAACAGGAGGCAAGUAUAGCCCCGGUGCCCCAGAGGGGGUUCUGCUCAGUCCUGGCAAGAUGUCCUGUCCCAAGGCCUCUACUCCCACAUCCCACCAUCUGGGCAGCACAGCCCUCAGGCUGCCUGGUCCAGGAAGGGGGCACAGCCUUGUCAGGAAACCUGGACUCUCAAGGGCCACCAGCCUCUCCAUGAGUGUUAGAAACCACAGAUACAGUAUAUACUUAAUUACACUAAAUUAUUGCUGGGAUUCCUCAUAAGCACUAAUUAUACCUGAUUAUAGGUUAAAAUAUUUAUUUUGUCAAAAUAUUUUCUUGGGAAUGUGUUUAACCCUUUCUGAGGUGUUCAUUGUGUGCUGAGAUGUGAAAACUAACCAUUCCCUCCUGCCUACCUUUUUGGCCAGUGGGCAGCAGAGAAUGGCACUUUGUGCAGUUUGGCUGCUGGCACCGUGGGCCUUUGGCCUGCCUGUGGCAGAGUGGUCCCUACCAGGGCAGCCCCCAGGCACUGAGCAGGCCAGCUGUGUCCAGGCUGGGAGAAUGACCAGCUCGAUUAUCACUGUGCACGGGACAAGGAGCUCUGGAGCCUCGGGGUUGCUGCUGGCCUGGGCCAGAGGGAAAGGUGACCAUCUGUCUGUCCUGUCUUUCUGUCUUUUAGCGCCUCCAUGUGAGUGAUGGUGCCUUGGUUCACUGACCUUCCCCCACCACCCAGUGGUCUUGGGGCCUGUGCUGUCACUCCAGCCACUGGGGAGGAGAGGCGCCAGCCUGGAGACUUGGGGCAAGGACUCUGAAUGGCCCAGGGGCAGCAGACGCUGACGGCAGCUGCUGCCAAUGCCCACGCUCCUGCCCGCCUCCUUCCCGCUGCCACACCCCACUUUGGGCCCCACAGACACACACAGCUGUCUCAGUCGGGCCCAGCCUUCUGGAUGGCUCAGGGUAGGCCAUGGGUCUUCCUAGGGCCGCGACAGCCCUGGGCAGCGCAGGAGGAGCAGUGUGGAGGAGUGCUUGCUUGCAGCCUGGCCUCAGCCUCUGGCACUGCUGGGGUGGCCCCUGGGAGCCUCUCCACUGUCGGCUGUGGGAAUGUCUGACCCAUUUGGGUUACAGCCAGUCUUCCCCACCCAGAAAGAAGUGUUUCCACCUCAGAGACUUUGCCUGUCAGCUCCUGAAGUGCUCACCUCCCCCUCUCCCGUGCCUGUCUCCAGCCCUUCCUGUCUGUGGGGUCCACGUCAGGCAUCCCCUGCAGGCAACAGCCGCAGGGAGCAGGCGUCAGCCCGAUUCAGAACUGCUUCUGUCUGUCCAUACCUCCAGGCUCUCCCAGAGAGGGGGGUGGGUAUUUAUUUCCUAAAGUUUGCACUUAAUUUGUGAGGAUUCUCAGGAUUGUUGGGGGCUACGGAAAAGAGGAAUGUGUUGAAUGUUGCGUUUGCUGUCCACUCGUCCCAGAAGUUUAGUGUUCUUGUCACUGUUAUGUGUUUCUGUGGGCAGAGCUGGUUCUGGAGGGUGGGUCAGUGCACCUGAGGCUCAGAGCGUCCAUCCACCCCACUGGCCCUCCUUCCAGAUACCCUCUCUCCAGUUGGGUUCUUGCAUGUAAAAUACUCCACAAUAAAUAAAUAAUUGAACAAA